ACGAGCGUGUCGCCUGGAGAUGACGUCAUCGGCGCUGGACACACGUGUUGUUACAGUAGUGUUGUGAUCUGUAGUAGUUGGUUGCAGGUUUAUUUUCUGUCAGUAUCAUCAUGUCUUCAAGUUGCCGUAGACCGGAGCAUAUGGCACCUCCGGAGGUGUUCUACAAUGAAGAUGAGGCCAAGAAAUACUCACAGAACUCUCGGAUCAUAGAGAUCCAGUCACAGAUGUCGGAGCGAGCCGUGGAGCUGCUCAGUCUGCCGGACGAUCAGCCCUGUUACCUGCUGGAUGUGGGCUGCGGCUCCGGACUCAGUGGAGAUUAUUUAUCUGAGGUCGGUCACUACUGGGUUGGUGUGGACAUCAGCACAGCCAUGCUGGAUGUGGCCUUGCGGCGGGAGGUGGAGGGAGAUCUGGUGCUGGGGGACAUGGGUCAGGGGAUGCCCUUCAGACCGGGCAUGUUCGACGGCUGCAUAAGUAUUUCAGCGCUGCAGUGGCUGUGUAACGCGGAUAAGAAGACACACAGUCCUCCGAAGAGACUGUACCGCUUCUUCAGCACGCUGUACUCGGCUCUGGCGAGAGGAGCGCGCGCUGUCUUCCAGAUUUACCCUGAAAACUCAGAGCAGCUGGAGCUGAUAACGGCUCAGGCCAUGAAAGCCGGUUUCACGGGCGGUUUGGUUGUGGAUUAUCCCAACAGCAGCAAAGCCAAAAAAUUUUUCCUGUGUUUGUUUGCUGGUGUAUCAGGUGUUUUGCCCAAGGGUUUAGAUUCAGAGGCGACUGACAGAGGCGUAUCAACUCAGGCUCAGUUUACGUCACAGAGGUCCCGUUUCAAAAACAUGAAAGGAAAGUCUGUGAAGAAGAGUAAGGACUGGAUCAUGGAGAAGAAGGAAAGACGGCGCCGGCAGGGGAAGGACGUGAGGGCCGACACGAAGUACACGGGUCGUCACAGGAGACCUCACUUCUGAACGCUCAACGGCGUCGUAUGAGCAUCUACACAGACAGCAGACCGUCAGUCACACGCUCUGAUCUGUACUGGCCAAUCAGAAGCCAGAACCAGGACUAUAUAUUACAAAACGAUACAACGGCCAUGUGGAGAUACUUUAUGGACUCCUUGUCUUAUAGGAAUUUAUGCCUGAAUUUACAGAAGCUUUAAUAAACCAGAUUUCAUCUUC